AUGAACAUAGGAAAUGAAAUAGUUCCUAAGUAUGGAUUUGAAGAAAUGAAAAAUGAAAUAAGCAAGUAUGGGGUGGAAAUUACUCAAAGUACACUAAAAAAUCCAACAACAGAGGACGUACAAGGAGUUUAUAGUAUAUGCAUAAAAUAUAUUUUAAAUAAAGAUAUUAAUAAUAUAAGAAUUGAGGAAUUUACUGGAGAUUUAAAAAGUUCUAUGCCUUCAAUAGAUGGUAUUCAAAUAUUACCGAAUGAGGGGAAAAAUCAUUUGCAAGCUAUAGGUAAUUUAAGAUUUAUUAGACAUUGUGAAAAAAUUAAUAAAAUUUUAAAUUUAGAUAAUAUAUUAAGCUAUAUAUUUAAACCAGUAAGCAGUCAUAUAACAAAGUUAAUCAGUGCUUUUAUACAUUUUAUGAAAUACAAAGAAGAAAUAUAUAAUGAAAAUGAUGCAAAAAUAAAGAAAAUUCAAGAGAAAAAAAAUGAAGACAACAUUUUAGAAAGUGAAUUAAAAACUGUUGAUAGUGAAUUAAAUAUGUUACUUGGAAGACAUGAUGAGGUAAAAACUAGUAUUAUUAACGAAAAAAGCACUAAAAGAAAUUAUGAAGAAGAAAUUAUAGAAAAUCAAAAUUUACUUAAUGCUCAGCAGAGCAUAAUUAUAUCUUUAAAAUCAACUAAAGACAAAAUAAUCAAUGAAACAAAUGAAUUAAUUUUCCAAUUUUCAAGAUUAAGGCAAAAAAAAGAAGAUUUAGAAGAUCAAAUAGUUCCUUCACCGGAAAAACUACAGCAAUAUAAUGAAGAACUAAAGGAUUUAUUAUCAGAACAUAUGUCUUAUUUUGAAUCAGAUAAAAAAAAAAAUGAGGAAAUUAAAAGUAAAAUCAAUGUAGCUGAUUUGUCCAUAAAAAAAUUAGUUGAUUUGCUAACUAUCCUAACAAAUCAUGUUGAAAACACAAUAAAACAACAUAUUGAUAAAAAAAAUGAAUUAAAAAAUUUAGAAAAAAACUUGAAAUCUUUAAAAAUUGAAAAGGAAAACUUGGAAAAUAAAAAAGAAGAACAAGAUAAUAUACUAAGUAAUACAGAACAAUGUUUUGAAGAAGAAAAAAACAAAUGGAACAAAAAAAUUCAUGAAGAAGAAAAAAAAAUUACUCAAGUAGAAAAAAAUGUAAAAACAAUAUAUGAAAAUAUAGAUAAUAUAAAUUUUAAAACUAACAGAGAAAUUAAAGAAAUUAAUAACAUAGUAAAACAUAUUCAUGACACAAUCAAUAGCUAUAGUAGAAAUUGUGAUAUUAUAACUGAUCUUAUAGAAAAUACAAGAAAUUCUCAAAAAAUUUUAAGUGAUAAAGUACAAAAUAAUAUACAAAAAUAUAUUAAAGCGAAUGUUUAA